CGCCUACCGUCAUGCAGCUGCUUUUGUUAGUGUACGCUGUAAACUAUAGGUUGCGAUAAUUUUUCAUAUUCUAAAUACAAGUAGAUUGGGGUUAUAAUCCCUUUCAUAUCCUGUUUCGAUCUUUUUGGGCAUCAAUUUUCAUUUGGAAGCUAUCAAAGCAGCGGGGUUCAAGUUUAAUUACGUCCAAUCGGGGGUAAACAGAACUUGGGCCAAUAAAAGGUUUCGUUUUAAUUACUUGUCACCGAAAUUGAUGAAUUUAAAACAAGAAUUGACCGGAAAGAGACAUAUCGUGUGGCUCUGAUCUCAAAUCUAACCUAGUAAAGAGGCACUUAAAAUUCUUGUGAAUGAAACCUGGUGUGUAUCGUUUUCCUUAGUCGACUUUUUAUCAACUGUGGGAAACAAUGCUUUACUCGAACGUGUAUAUUGCUAUCUUGAUACUUGUAAACCUACACUACUUCAUUGAAUGCGGUGGCAGGCGGCAGACUCUGUGUCUCGAAGAAUUAAAUGCUUUCUCCGUUUCCAAAACCAUUAGCAACGCUUCUACUGAUACGGGGCCCAAUAUAUGUUCAAGUGUUUUCGGUUGUUGUAAUAAAACCAUUGAAAAUGGAAUGAAAUCACAAAUUACAAGUAAAUUAAUGAAUCUCGUGCAUUGGCGAAAUGAAAGAGCGAUAAGGCAGUUCGAAGACGUGUAUGAUGACUUAGAAGGUUUAUUCCAUGACGUCCUUGAGCGAACGUCAGAAAGUACUAUAGAUUGGUUGCAAACUCAAUAUGUCAAAACAAACAUUGCUCAAUACACCAAACCUCAUAUUCGUACGUUAUUCCAUGAACUGCGGACGUCAGUGGCCACUAAAAAUCUGCAAAAUUCAACCGCAACAUUUUUCAGAAAUUUUUAUCCAGUUGUUUACCAGUAUAUGGUCUCAAAAAAGAAACAUCCAGAAGAAUAUUCUGAUUGUUUGAAAGAUAACAUGCAAGUGAUCUCCCCUUUCAAAGACAUCCCGCAAAAGCUGACAGCGGUGUUAAUGAAGAAAUUAUUACCUGUGCAACGAUUCUUACGUAGUUUGCAAACCAUUCGUAAUAUUUUAGGUGCUAUUGAUAAUAUCGAACUAUCUGAAGAGUGUAGUUCUGCCUUGGUAAAAAUGCGCUAUUGUUCAUUAUGUGACGGCUUUAGUAAUGUCAAACCGUGCUUAAACUAUUGUGUUGAUGUUGUAUCUGUAUGCUUGGAGCCGUACAGCCGUGUUGAAGGCAAGUGGAGUUCAUUUAUUGGAAAACUUGAUAAUUUGCGUGAUCCUUUAGCAAAGUCAUUGGAUGCAUCCGAUAUGUUCUCAAGUUUCCAGGAAUCGCUUUCGGAAUCAAUAUCUCAUGCAAGCCAUUCAAACGUCGCGGCAAAGGUAUCGAAACAGUGUGGUAAUAUAACAGAUUACACGGGGAAUAAAAUAAUCAGCCGAAAACAAAAGACCGACUCUACACGUGAUCUUGGAAACAGUGAUUUGUAUAUUCAAACGGACGUACAAAAUUCCUAUCAGAAUCUUCCUUCCGCAAGUGAUAUCAGCAGAAAACUGAUAUUUCUGCGUGGCAAUUUGUCUGAUAUAAAAAUUCAUAUGAUCAUGUUUGCUGACAAUAUUUGUUCGAAAGGUGAUAUCUCAGCACCAAAAGAUAAAAAGUGUUGGAUAGGAACAGGUUUAGGAAGAUACAACGCUGACGUUCCUGAUGAUGUUAUUAGUGAUAACAUGAAGCCAAACAAUAGUGAUACAAUUGUGGACGACGUUUUAUUGUACUUGAGCAAAGCUAUGAAAGACCUUAAAACAAAAUCUCAUCGGCAUUUUAGUGUCAUCAUUGGCUCAGGCUACGGAAGUGCAAGUGGUGAAGGCUCUGGAGGAUCAGGUGAGCCUGAGGAAAAUCGUGAAGGAAGCGUGAGCGAUUGUAAUAAUGAUGAUGAUGAAGACUGUGAUCGAGGAAGUGGUGGUAAAGAUAAAAAUAAAGAAAAAACUCUUAUUGUUGCUGAUGAACCGAGAAUAAAUGUUGGACAUACGAAACGACCAACACAAUUUAUUGUUACCGAUUCCCUGGGUUCUGGAGCGAACUCGUAUUUUACGCAAAGAAUUUUAUUUGGGUUUUUAGCGAUGUUUUAUCUAAUAUUCCCAAGGUAAGCAUUCAUAUCAACAGCAUCGUUGGAUGAGAAGAAUCGAAUAAACAGUAUAUAGCUGUCGAAGGAGGUCCGCUGAAGGUUAAACAAGUCUCAAGAAAAACGUAUUUUAAUACGUUAUAAACCCUGAUCGCUUAAAGCAUAUCAUAUAAUAUUAUUUUUAUAUCAGUGUAAAUAAAUUAGAAAUAAAUGUGAAGACAUAUAAAUCGUCAGUCGACGUGCCUGAAUGAAAACGUCGCCUGGGAUUUGGCAAAUGAAAUAUAUCUUGAAUUGAAAAUGGUUCUGUGUCAAGAUGUUUAAGUUUCAGUGAAACGGACAUUCAUGAGGGAAUUUUAGACAAGGAUAAAUUUCAAUUCACACAGUUUACUGCUUCGGAUAGCAUCGAAACACCAAAAAUAUCGGUUUUGCAUAUGGUUGUGUAUAUGAGCAAGCUUUGCUAUUGGUUGAUGAUAACAAUAAAACACAAUGAACUAUAGAAAUUGAUUUCUAAAACAACGAAUCAUAAACACUGUUCACUAUUGUUAUAAAAAGCCAAUCACAAAACUCGUUCAUAUGAGGUAUAGAUACUUACUGUGCAAUCGCCAUUACAACUCAAUGAACUCAUCUAAUUUAAGCAUUUUUUCCUGUUAAGCUCACUAUUUUCAAUUCACUGUUUAAACAGUAGGGCGUAUCAGAGCACACCUUACGGCUGUUUUCUCAAAUUUGUUCUACUGAGUGAUGUGUAACAGUUUGUUGAAGUUACAUACAUCAUGUAAUUUAAGUUCUUCAUUUAAGUUGCCCGCUCCCGUUUGUAUUUUUCUAUAACUUUACCAUAGAGUUUAUACAUUACGAUAGAAAAUAAUGUGUUAAUAUAUAAAUAUGUACACAAUGAAAAUAUAUCAUGU